AUGAGAAAAUUCAGGGUAUCAGGGAAGGCGUUUACAUCCAGUGCAUUCCAGAGGACGCCGACCUUCAACAUUCUAAUUUUAGAGCUCAACUGUGGCCCAAAACCGAGAGAGGUCCUAUUCUUGGCUGAGCACAUUGACCUCCACAAAAGGCACGGUGACAAUGCUCCUCCUACCCGAUCACAUCCCCUCCACAGGGAUCGCAUUCUUCUUGCAAGACGAGUGCGAUGGCAAUCUGUGACCAGGAUCUCGCAGCAAGGGAGGAGAACUCCUCGUCCAUGCUGCCAUUGCAUGUGCAAGGAGUCUUCUGGAUUGUACAGAGCAGAGAGGUUGGAGAUCUCGUGGUGGGCACGAGGAGGAGGUUCGGUUGAGAGGCACAUGCAUUGGGGAAUUCGGGCCGUGAAAUGCUUUUCAUGCUUCAGGCCUGAGAAGAAGACGUCGCCGAGGAGGACGGCAUCAGGGGAGGUCACCACCUCCCCUGUCGCAAAUGCCGCCGUCUCGACGCGAUCUGGAGCACCCCUCACGGAAUCUGAGGGUCUGAAACAUGGGCAAUCAUCAUCCGAAAUAAGAGCAAACGGUGAACCUGCCGAAAGGUCUAGCAUGGCCAAAAAUGCAAGAGCAUUCACAUACCGUGAGUUAGCGACAGCCACCAAGAACUUCCGCUCCGACUACCUUCUGGGAGAGGGGGGCUUUGGCAGGGUCUACAAGGGGCAGCUUGAAAAUGGCCAGAUUGUAGCUGUCAAACAACUAGACCUGAACGGAUUUCAAGGCAACCGCGAGUUCCUGGUUGAAGUCUUGAUGCUCAGCCUCUUACACCAUCCAAACCUGGUCAGCUUGGUAGGCUAUUGCGCAGACGGAGAUCAACGGCUACUGGUGUACGAGUACAUGGCCCUAGGUUCACUUGCAGACCACCUGCUUGAUAUCACUACUGAUCAAACACCACUAAGUUGGCAUAUAAGGAUGAAGAUAGCCCACGGAACCGCUAAGGGUCUCGAAUACCUCCAUGAGAAGGCUAACCCGCCGGUCAUCUACCGGGAUCUCAAGUCCCCCAACAUCCUUCUUGACGAGGAAUACAACCCUAAACUCUCAGACUUCGGGCUCGCAAAGCUUGGGCCUGUUGGGGAAAAGACACACGUCUCAACUCGAGUGAUGGGCACAUAUGGGUACUGUGCUCCAGAAUAUAUAAAAACAGGCCAGCUAACUAUCAAGACUGAUGUGUACAGUUUUGGGAUAUUCCUACUUGAGUUGAUCACAGGAAGAAAAGCUGUCGAUUCAACUAAACCAGCAAGUGAUCAAAUCUUGGUUAACUGGGCAAUGCCCAUUAUCAGAGAUAGGAGGAGGUACCAUGAGUUAGUAGACCCUCUUCUUAGAGGUGAAUACCCAGAAAAAGACUUGAGCCAUGCUGUGGCUGUGGCGGCAAUGUGCCUACAUGAGGAAGACUCUGCGCGGCCAUACAUGAGUGACGCUGUUGUCGCAUUGGGAUUCCUUGCAGAAGUUCCUGCUAGCUGUGAAGAGAAACCUAGUAUCGCGCCCCAAAAGAAGCAGGCUGAAGAUCCCCCAUUAUCUGAUGGAACUCAGCAAGAUAAGAGCACAUUCGAUCGUCAAAGAGUUGUUGCUCAGGCCAUCGAGUGGGGCGCCAUGAGGCAAAAACAGAAAGCUCAAACUCAAGGAAAGACAACUGAUUCUCAGUGCAUUACAGAUCCUACUGAAGCUAACAGGGUGUAAAAAGCCCAUGAAAACCAUGUGCAAAGUUUUUUAGGCUCCCUU